AUGCCACCAAAGAGAAUAUCUCGCAAAUCUCGGACAGUGCCAACUCCUGCCUCUCAACAAAACAAGAGACGACGGGUAUCAACAAAUAUGGAAGCGGUCGCGACAGCUACGCCCCUAUCCCCUGAUGUCCUGGAAACCUUUACCAGACAAGUAACUGAGCGGGUCACUGCUACAAUCAGAGAGGAGUUGACAACGCUAAUAAGUAAUGCGACCAGCAGCACCACAGCCACUAGUCAGGGGAGUAUUAGUAAUGAUACUUCGGUGGCUUCUGUCAAUAAUGAUCCAAGCUUAACUAAUUCUGUUAUUUGUGGGUCAGAAUCGACUGCCCCAAGUACACCCAAUGACCAAGCUAUUCAACAAUCUGUUGAAGCCUUGGUAAUUAACCAUACUGAAAAAAUAGCAGGUAAAUCAGUUCUUACAACUGGCGCCAUGGGCCAACAGAUACCCAGUCAACGUGCCUCCACUUCCAAAAUUUCCGAAUUAACAAGUGACAUCCAGAGACUCCUGGAUUCCAGUCUCACAAGUUCCUCAACAGCUUCAUACUCCCAUGCAUGGACAGUUUUUCAAAACUUUGCAAAGAAAUAUGGGUUUUUGGUUGAACUUCCAGUUAAACAACAUAUAUUUCAAGUAGCAAAAACCAUUGUCCAGUUCAAUGCCUCAAAAGUUACUUAA